AUCCUUAGUUAUGUUUCUUUUAUUUCUCCCUUUGUGAAUUUUAAAUCGGGCGAAGCACGGGAAGUGGUCGUCUUCGUGCGUCCUUCGAGCUCAUCUCCGCUCACCCUUGUCAAUUUGAUCAGCAAUAUCAUAAGUUGGAUUCCGAUUGGUCAUGUGCUUCGGUUGUCGUCCCAAGUAUGAAGAUUGGAAAGACAGAGAAGCUUAAUCAAGCGUUCAACGCACGCAAGACGGAGGAAACCACGUCAAUCAAGCAUUAGACGAAGACAUGUCUAAAAAGGGGAAUCGCAUGUGUUGCCCGGCUCUGUGCUGUUCUAACACCGGGAAUUCCAGUUGUGCCACAUUAUUCAGGUUUCCUAAUGACAGCAGGUACGUGCUGGGCCCAGCUAAAGCCCGGCUGUAAAGUGGAUACUCUGCGGGCUUGCGGUGAUGACUUCUUGCCCUACGGAAAGAGCACUCACUUGGAAGUUUCGGGAGCACCAUUCAAGAAGAAUUGCGAGCUAUACAUGCGGCAGCUUGAGUGCAGCAAGCAGUUUGCGAGGGAGUGUAUUGAAGGCAUCCCGAGGGCUGCGGCACUGCUGGCCCUAGAGGCAUUCCAGGACAACGUUGACGCCACCUGCACUGUCGGUUCUAAACCAUACGAAGCAUACCAAAAGGCAAUUGGUUGCACAAAUUCCGUUGGAGCGAAGAUCAACGCCUGCUUGAAUGGUCUACAUGGCAAUCUUGAGAAGGCCGUUGUCAAGGCUUCCGGAAAGAACAUCAUCGACUACGCAUGCUGCUCGUACGGUGAAUUGGUGGACUGCCUCGAGUCAGUAUUGGCGCCUUGCGAGGACGUCGGUGGCAAGGAGCUCACGAUCAACCUGUUGGAGCAGGUGUUCGGUGAGACACUGAGUCUGGUGUGUGGAAACUACGGAAGGGGAUCGGAGGGAUGCAAGGUUCUGCCUAAGCUGCCAGCGCUGGGCCCGAAAGACCCCAAGUUCGACGGCUACUUCGAGCUUCUCAUCGAGAUUGCAAACUCCAUCGGCCAAAGAAGCUAACAUGUGGCUCCGUCUACUUCACACUCAAGCAUUUCUGCUGGCGAUAACAGACGACACGCAAAUAACUCGCACUUGAAACGUAGUGCGUCAUCGUUGCUAUAUAGGAUGGACACUGCCGUGGUGAUCGUCGGCGUGUUUAUAAUAUAUAGCUAAUUAAGCGAAUAAAUUGAUCGCAAGGAAGCUAGAUCAAAAGUCCACAAAUAAAUAAAGCCAUGUUGGUAGCCUUGGAA